UUGAUUCAAUUUAAUGUAUUAUUGUUUUUACUGUGACUGUAGAACAAUUGCAUUUAAUGUGUAAUUUAAAUUGUGAGAAAUAGCAAUAAUAUUGAUUGAAUUUUGAUUAUAAGUAUACUUAUAAUCUAUAUUCAAAAACAUUUGUUUAAAAUAUAUAAUAUUAAUAGGUCUGCUAAUUGUAAUUAAAAAUUGUAAAGGUCUUAUUGACAAAUUUUAGUUUUAUGCUUAACCAAUUCUUAGCAUUUGUGUGACGGUAUAUUAUAGUAUUGUAUAUAUAUAUUAUAUAUGAAAAAAUAUAAAAUAUGUAAAGAUGAUAUAUAAAAAAAUGUUAAGCGAGGAAUUCGUUUUUCACCAUUAUAAGAAUGUAUUGCCAAAUUUCCAAAUCACAGGCUAACUUUCAACUAAGUAUGCUUGAAUUAGUAUGCUUACAGUCAAAGCUACAUUUUGUAAAGUUAUUAGCUCAAAGUUGGACGCACGAAUGGCUAGUACACUUACUGGAAUUAGAUAGUAAUGUACUAGAAUCUGUAAUUUUACAAGUAUCAGAUAAGUACUGUCACACUAUAUAAUUUUAUUAAAUAUUAAGUAAUAAUGAAUUCUCGAUAAUUCUGUAUCAAACGAUAAAAUUAUAGUAGAAGCGUCCGUUGUUUCGUAGAAUUUGCGUUGUUCUUUAAAAUUAUCCUAAGAAAUUAAUCUAAAAAUAAAGUCCAUAGGAGUUGAAAAGAAUAGACAUUACGUGUUGUGUUAUAAGUUCAAAUAUUUAAGUUUCUCGACAAGUGGAAUUGGUUAACAAAGUUCGAAGUCUGCAACGUUUCCAGUCACGUAUAUAUAGGAAUUUGCAAUAAGCAAGUGAGAAUAGAAAGAAAAAAGGGAGACAAGCGCUUGGAAAUACACGAUCGGAUACGCAGAUUGAGGGAGCUGCGUCGCAUCGGCUUACAUUCGAUUGUCGCGAUUUUAUGAAAGCAUUUUAUCGUCGAUAGAGAACGCGCGACUCACGGACGGGGUGGACAUUCGUAAAGUACGGCUAUCGUUAACUCUUAAGUAGGUAUAGUUGUCAGGCGUUGCAGCGCGACUCGCAAUAAGAAUGAAAACUGCAACUAGUUAGAGUACGUCGAAACAGUGAAAUUGAAAAAUGAGAAACCGUGAAUCUACGGACAGUGACGGUUCUCCAGCCCCUAAAAGACCAAAAUGCAUGAUUACCUAUUCGCUAAUAGAAUUAUUCGUCAACUACAUAUUAUCACCAGAGCCAAUUUCACCGGAAGAAAUUCAGGAAUGCAUAAUGUAUUUAACACUCGAAUCGACCGAUUAUGUGAUUGCGACUGAGAUUCAGUCGAAGGUGCGGAAAAAAUUAAAAUAUAUAUUGCCUGUUAUACUAGAGUGCAACGGAAAUAUCAAUUAUGCAGACAUUUAUGGGCAAACGAUUCUUCAUGUUUUCGUUAUGCAUUACUCUGAUAAAAGCAUUUUUACAAAGAUUGAGCGAUCCAAAGAUCAAGAAAUCGUGGAGACCCUGAUAAAAAAAGGAGCCUCGGUGAACGUCCUCGAUCUGACCGAGAACACUCCAAUUCAUUACGCAGCGAUAAAUCAUAGAGCCGAUUUGAUUCUGUUGAUGCUCGGAAGGUUCACCAACGUCAAUGCUGUGAACGGCUCCGGAUACUUGGUUCUGCACGAGCUCGUAGACGAUUACAUUGAGGAUCCCGAUGAUCGCAUCGUCGAGGCUGUUCGUAUUUUGGUGUCCAAAGGUGCCGAUUAUCGAACGGUCAAAAACAAAAUGGACAUCGCGCCUUUGGAUAUGGCCAUUAAGAACGGCCUGAUCAAUAUCAUCGAGGCUUUUCAAAUGAGAGAUGCCGAUCCCAGGUUGCUGCUCGAAAUCUGCAAGAACGCGGACAGCUGGUCGCAUUAUCCGGACGAGAUGCAGCACCUCGACCGCGUGCUGGAUCUGGAACGGGGCGUGAACGAGUACAGCGACAAGUUCAUGACGCCGCUGCACUACGCUGCGCAAUACGGUCGCAAGAACGAAGUCGUGCUGUUCGUGAACGCGGGCGCGAACAUCGAGGCCGCGACCUGCGACGGCGUGACGGCGCUGCACCUGGCGGUGAUGAGAGGCCAGGUAGAGAUAGCGCGAUACCUGAUCGAGCGCGGCGCCAACCUACGGGCGAGGGACCACGUCUUCGACUUCGGACUGCUGCACCUGGCCGCGCUGCAGAGCAACCGAGACGUCGUCGGCCUGCUGAUGGACAACGGCCUGAGCGUGCACGACGGCGGCCGCGACGGCUUCACCCCACUGCACGUCGCCGCGGCGAUCGGCAACGAGUGGGCGAUGAGGUGCUUCAUCGGCCACGGCGCGGACACCAGGUGUCGCACGAACGUGAGGCGGUCGACGGUGCUGCACCUGGUUGCGGCGGGCUGCUUCGAAAAUCUGGAGCAGCUGUUCUCCGGCGAGUACAGCGUCGUUUACGAGACCUACCUCCUCGGCAAAGCCACCUUCCAGUCGAGGCGCGACGAGUCCAUCAAUCUGAUACUCCAGAUCGGCGCCAAUCCCAACGCCAGGGACUCCCUGAUGAAGACACCGCUGCACUACGCGGCGGACAAUCACGAGCGCCAUCCCGACGCCCCGAGGAUCCUGCUGACCCUGCUAAGGUACGGUGCUCGCGUCGACGUACGAGGCAUCGACGAGAGAUCGCCCAUCGUCAGCUGCCAGCGGGUGCCCGACUCCUGCGGCAUGAAGGAGCUGAUCAGGUACGGGGCGGACAUCGACGACAUCGACUUUUUCACUAGAAACGAUUAUCUGGAGAAGCAGCGCUACAACCUGCUGCACCACCUCAAGCUUAUGCACGCGGCGGAUUUGCCGAUGAAGCCCGACCACAGCAGGCAUUACAACCACUGCCUUCGUGAAAUGGACCGCAUGCUGGCGGUGCGCCGCGCGAACCCCAUCUACGAGCAGCUGUUUCGCAAUCGAAACGACUUCUAUAACAGCAUUACCCUCGAAGUGGCGGCGCUCAAGGCUCAUCGACUGAUGAACGAAGACACGACGCUCUAUGACUUUCUCCACAUGAACAUUAAACAUCGUAGCUAUUAUGUCAACUACGUUCUGUCUCUUGAUCUGGAGAUUCGGUAUCCGAUUUACCAAGCGCUCAUCGAAAAUUUCUGUCGUCGGGCUAUCAAUCGACAGACCAUCGUGUCUUUAGGGAUAGCCACUCUCAAUCGACUUCUUACUUUCAAUCUUCCGGUUAUUUGUUCGGAGAAAAUAUUUCACUUUAUGACCUUGCCGCAAAUAACAGCUUUUAUUGAUCGUAUGGAAGACUUCCUAUACUCAGUGCAUGACAUCACGGAGAAAUUAUAUAUGAAAAUGUCAGACAGAAAACAUUAUAAAAAGGGCAGAACAGCUGACAGGACAUUAGAAUGUCCUGAAAAUAAUAGUGUACUAUUUUUAUUUGUCCACUACGUAGCAGUAAUAGACUCACAUGAUCAUACGAUACCAGAAGUCAGCGAAUGUGUACGAAUUCUAGAAAACAAAAUCACUGAUAACCUAACUCCAUUUCAAAAUUUCGUGAUCAGUAAAUUAAUUUAUUUGAUUCCAAUUGUGCUGGAAUGUAACAAUGAUAUAAAUUUCAAAGAUGCUUGCGGGAGAACAAUCCUCCACAAUUUCAUUAUUUACAGUUGUGACAGCCGUAUUUCUUCGAAUGAAGAUCAUCAUGUAUGCGAAGAAAAAAUCGUCGAGGCAUUGAUGAAAAAAGGAGCUUCGGUUGACGUUGUUGAUGCGAUAGGGAACACUCCAGUCCAUUACGCAGCGAUUAAUCGAAGAAUUGAUUUAGUUAUUCUGAUGCUCGAUAAUUUCACCAACGUCAAUGCUUUCAACGCUGUUGGAUUGCCAGUUUUGCACACGCUUCUCGAGAUUUACAGAGAAGUUCCCGAGGAUGUGAUCGUUGACGCCGUACAAAUUUUGAUAUCCAAGGGCGCCGAGUUCAGAGUGCUCAGAACCUUAUUCCGUGCGACGCCCUUGAAUCUGGCUAUCACUCACGGCAUGAUAAAAAUCUUAGAGGCUUUCGGAAUCAACGACAGGAAUUACCAAAACUUGCUGUUCCGACUCUGCGAACGUUCGUUCGCGUGGGUGAAUGUACCAUGGGAAAUACAGGAGCUCGGUAACAUAGUGAAUCUCCGAGAAGAGGUGACGAAGGAGGACCCUAACACUUGGUGGACGCCACUGCAUUACGUCUCAGAGUCUGGCCAAAUAGAAGCAGUUCAAUUGUUUCUGGACGCGGGUGCAAAUAUCAACGCUUUUAACAGCGAUCAUAUGACGCCGCUACAUUUGGCAGUGUUAGGGGGACACGUGCAGUUAACCGAGUAUCUAAUAGAUCGCGGUGCCGAUUGGCAUGCAAGAGCAAGUCAUUAUCAUUUCAGCCUCCUUCAUUUGGCUAUCUUGAGUGGUAGUCCAUGCAUGAUCGCGCAUUGUCUGAAAAUGGGAUUCCCCGCAAUUAUCGAAACCCCACACGGGGUGCAGCCGUUGCACGUGGCAGCGCUGUUAGGCGACCCUCGGAUGAUCCAGAUUUUGCUCCAGUGUCGCGCCGACGUUCACUGUCGGAUAUAUCCGGUGCGGUAUACAGCGCUACAUUUGAUUCUGCUCCAGAACCAAUUCCGUUUUUUCAAAGCAUUGAGCAACUGUCCCUGCGAUGCAUUUGAUGCUGUUUUUCACAGGCGCUUCAGAACGGCAGAUCUGCAGCGCUGCAUGGUAGUGCUGCUGCAAGCCGGAGCUAACGUGAACGCCAGGGAUGCGAAUCGGAAAACGCUCUUGCACCACGCCGUCAGGAUUGACGAAAACAAAAACUUGGCGCGGACGGCCCAGCGACUUUUAAUAGAGUAUGGCGCUUGGCUCGACGCGCAUUGCAGUAUAGGGGAGAUACCUAUCGACUUGUAUUUUAUAAAGGCGCGUAUGUACCCGGUGACGAGGUUUCUUGAUUCUCACUGCGAUAAAACAGAUGUUUGUAUUUAUGAUGUCAUGGAUGCUUUGUACAAAAUACGCGACCAUCCUUUCUUAAGGUAUUAUCAGCUCAUGGUAGCGAUGGGUUUUACAUUUUCCAAGAGGCACCAAAUAAUGAUUAAUAUGUCGAUGAAUCAACCAAACAGAGAUCUAUUGAAAGAACAGAUUGAAAUAACGAAACUAAAGUCGGUUAUGCUCAAUAAGAAAAUUACAUUAUACGCAUUUUUACACAUGAAUUCAAGGAAUCGCAGUAGAUACGCGAAUCUGGUACUUAAGAUGAAUUUAAAAAAAGAGUUUCCGAUUUAUAAAAGUAUAAUAGAGAAUCGCUGUCGUCAAUCCAUCAAUAGCAGGAUGAUUUUAAAAGAUACAAAACCUCUCUUUGAUCAAAUCAUUCAGUAUCCGUUGCCGGACAACUGCUUUGAAUUAAUUUUCAGCUUCCUGAAUUGGGACGACGUGGCUUUCUACAUUUCAAACAAACGCCUUAUCUGCGUAUCCGUGAAAAAGCGAUCGAUUAGUAUACACCUCGAUCAAACGAGUUUUAAAUACUUCCGCGUGUCGCCGACGUCUUCAAGAGUGAGGGAGACAUCUGUGCGAUUGGCAAUGGAAUUCCAUAGAUACAUCGAUGUCGAUUCGAUAUCUGAGCAACGAAAAUGGAACAAAGACAACUCGUUGCUCUAUUUGUUUAUCGACUACUUACUAGAAAGUCACAAUUACUCUUCCACUGACGUGGACAGAUGCAUCGAUUGGCUACAAUCGCAAAGCAGCGCGGGAACUGAAUUUCAAAUGACAGUGAAAAACAAACUGGAGCCCGUACUGAAAAUGUUACUGGAAGCCGGGAACAACGUGAACUUCUCAAAUCGCCUCGAAGAAACGGUUCUCCGUGUUUUUCUGUCGAAGUACGCGCAAUACAGCACAAACGCGUGCAAAGAUCGAGAAAUGAUCGAGGCUUUAUUGAGAAAGGGAGCGUCGGUCGACGUCGUAGACAGCAUCGGCUACACUCCGCUUCAGUACGCGACGACGAUUCGCAGGCCAGAUUUGCUUCGGCUAAUGUUGGACCACUCCGAUGAUUUGAAUGCUCGCAACUCGCUCGGCCACACGGUGCUGCACCUACUUGUCUACAGUUACGAGCAGCAGCCCAGCGAGCUCCACCUCGAAGUCAUGCGCGAGCUGUUAUCCAAGGGCGCGGACGUCAGGGCUACGAACAAAAAGGGACUGACGCCAGUGCACCUGGCAAUACAGAACGGUCUUAUCCAGGUGUUGCUGACUUUCGCGGCAAGCGGGAUUCAAGUUGCGGAUUACAUAGGUGACGAUUCCAAUCUGCUGCUGCACCUUUGUAAACAUAUCGUUCACUGGACACGCAGCGUCGAUGAGUUGGAGGCGUUUGACCGCCUCGUCGACCUUGGCAAAGACGUCCACAGCCGAUCGAGAGUAUUCUACCUCACGCCGUUGCAUUUCGUCUCGCAAGUAGAUCGAGCCGAGGUCGUCGAACUGCUGUUGACAGCCGGUGCGGAUAUCAACGCGAUAAGCGUGGACGGUGUAACGCCGUUGCACUUAGCUGCUCUGCGGGGUAGUUCAACCGUAGUGGAAUACCUGAUGCAAUGUGGCGCUGACGUUCACGCCCGAGACGAAAUGAGUGGCUUUGGACUGAUGCACAUGGCGGUGUUGAGUGGUGAUAAAGGCAAGUUGAAUUUGCUGAUAGAGAAUAGAUUUGAUGUUAAUGUUAAAAGUAAGCACGGACUUACACCGCUCCAUUUGGCAGUGAUAAUGAACGAUCACAAGAUGUUGAAAUGUCUGAUCGAGCAGUAUAUUAAUUUUCGAGGUUCGAUGAGGCAGAUGGGAAUGUUGCGAUUGAAUUCGAUUGACAUGGAUUGCACGGAUUCCAAGAUUCUCAUCGGCGCUGAUGAGAAUGUAGGAGAGCUAAGUCUGGUUAGUCAGUAUAUAAAAUCUAUGAAUGUAUCAGCGACGCAUCUGGAAACAUUGAAAAUGCUGUUGAUGGAAGCUGGAGCUAACGUCAACGCCAAAGAUUCCUCGCUGAAAAAUCUAUUGCAUUACGCUGCACUUCAAAAAGACAGUAAGCUUGAUCUUCUUUUGAGCUUUGGUGCUCACAUGGAUGUGAAGGACAUUGAUGGCAAGUCACCUUUACAGAACGUUCUCGACUCUGGCAAUCUGAGAGGACUGAAUGAAUUAUUGAGAUUCGGUGCGAAUUUGGAUCAAAUUUCAGUGCAUAAUUUUAACGAAUGGACUGGGGAUAUUAAAAAUCAUCUAUACGAUUACCUGACCCAACUCGAAGUCGUUGACUUAUCGAUUUCAGAUGUUUAUAAGCAACGCCUUUUAAGUCAUCUUCGACGUACGAGGAUGGAUCGCUAUCAAGAGAAAUGCGAGAAAGAAGUAACCAGGUUGAAAAGUUAUUAUUUAACAGGCAGUAAGAUAAGCUUGCACGAUUUCCUUCAUAUGAGUUCGAGGCGUCGAUUGACUUUUGCUCAAACUGUGCUGUCUCUUAAUUUAGAAGUAGAAUUUCCAAUUUAUAGAAAUAUUAUCGAGGCUUACUGUCGUGAAACCAUGCAUAGAAACAUGUUAAUGAAACAAGCAGGAUCGGUUUUGUGUCAACUUACCGGUGUUAAUUUUCCUGACAUUUGUACUGAUCAUAUUUGUUGUUAUUUGGAUAACAGACAUUUAAUAAUUGUGAUUGAUAGUUUGGAUGUGGUCGUUAAUACUAUAUAA